AUGGCUUCCGAAGCCCCCAAGGACCUUCCCGUGCGCCCUGCCGCCGAAGCUCAGGGAAAUCCUGCUGCUGCUGCCCCGCCUCAAGACGCCAAAAAGCAAGCCCCUCCUAGCGAGCCCCUCCCCGACUGGCUGAUCGAGCGCAACAACCUGUUCGAAGAAUUGUGGCAAAAGCAUCUCAAGGAUCUCGCAGCCAAAGACCACCAUUCGAUUGAAGUUUCUCUCGAUAUUGGCGACGGCAACCCCAAGUCGGUCCCGGCAAAGGCCUUCGAAACUACACCUGGCUCAUUCUUGCGCGAUGUGCCUAAGGACGUGGCUGCCGAGGUUGUUAUCGCGAGGGUCAAUGGAGAGCUUUGGGAUUUGAACCGUCCCCUUGAGGGCGACUCUGCCGUUAUCCUGGUCCCAUUUUCCGACCCCGAAGCUCGGAAUGUUUUCUGGCACUCGUCUGCUCACUGUCUUGGAGAGUCUUGCGAAGCUCACUUUGGCUGCCUUUUGAGCCACGGUCCUCCUACGCCCCAGGGUUUCUUCUACGACAUGGCUAUUCCUGGAGGACGUGCCGUCGUUGAAAGCGAUUGGAAGCCUCUUGAACAGAAGGCUGCCAAGAUUUUCAAGCAGAAGGAGAAUUUCGACCGCCUGGAGGUAUCUAAGGACGAUUUGCGUCGUAUGUUCAGCUACUCUCCCUACAAGCUGCACUACAUCGAAAAAUUGGUCGUGGGCGAGUAUAGCACCGUUUACCGCAACGGCAAUCUGGUUGAUCUUUGCCGUGGCCCUCACAUUCAAAACACCGGCAAGAUCAAGACCUUCAAAAUCAUGCAAAACUCCUCUGCCUACUUCCUCGGCGACCAGUCGCAAGACAGUCUGCAGAGAAUUCGAGGUGUCGCGUUCCCAGACAAGAAACUACACGCAGCCCAUAUGAAGUUCCUCGAGGAGGCAGAGAAGCGCAACCACUUGAGACUGGGCAAGGAGCAGGAGCUCUUCUUCUUUGACGAUGCUUCUCCCGGAUCCCCUUUCCUGCUCCCUGCUGGUACAAGAAUCUUCAAUGCCAUUCAAAAGCUGCUUCGGUCGGAGUACCGCAAGCGCAACUACCAGGAGGUCCAGACCCCGAACAUGUUCGAUGUCAGCCUGUGGAAGACAUCCGGUCAUUUCCAGCACUACGCUGAUGAUAUGUUUCAACUGAAUGUGGAGAAGAAACAAUGGGCUCUGAAGCCUAUGAACUGCCCAGCCCACUUUCUUCUGUUCGGUCAUCGCGAGCGUAGUUAUCGCGAGCUUCCUAUGCGUAUUGCGGAUUUUGGUGUUCUUCACCGCAAUGAAGCCUCCGGGGCGCUUAGUGGACUAACUCGAGUGAGGAAGUUCCAACAGGACGACACCCACAUCUUCUGUACCGAAGAUCAGAUUUUUUCGGAAAUGGAGAAUCUUUUCGAUUUUCUCCAAAGUGUUUACGGGCUGUUCGGGUUCACUUUCAAAUUGAAGCUGAGUACAAGGCCUGAGGUCAAGUACAUGGGAAAACUUUCUGAUUGGGACUACGCGGAGUUGCAAUUAACAAAUGCGUUGAACAAAUUCUGUGGCAAAGACUGGACUAUUGAUCCGGGUGAUGGUGCAUUUUACGGACCGAAGAUUGACAUCCAAAUUAGCGAUGCACUUGGCCGCGAAUUCCAGUGUGCUACUAUCCAACUUGACUACCAGGCUAGCCAGAACUUCAAACUGUCAUAUCAAAACAACGAAGGAAAGGACAAGAACAGCGAAGAGGCCGUGAAGGAAGGCGAUUUGCCCUUUGGCCGUUCUAGACCAGUGGUCAUCCACCGUGCAAUUAUCGGUAGCUUUGAGCGAUUCUUGGGCAUCUUGAUCGAACAUUUCGCCGGAAAAUUCCCGUUCUGGCUGAAUCCGAAGCAAAUCGUAAUCGUUCCAGUUAUGCCCCAACUGAACGAGUACGCCGAAGAGGUCAAAUCGAUCUUCACCGCCGACAAACUUCACGUGGAAGUUGACACCAGUGGAAACACCCUCCAAAAGAAGAUUCGUAAUGCGACCCUCUCCCAGGCCAGUUUCAUCUUCGUCGUGGGUCAACAGGUAUGCUCCUCCGCUAUUGCACUCGCUGAGAUGGAGGCUAAAACAGUAAACGUUCGGGUCCGGGACGACCCCUCUAGCCACGCCAAGGGAGUUAUGAUCAGCAUUGAUGAGAUGAGAGAGAAGCUCCGGGUCCUGCGCAAGGAGCGUCGUCUCGUAGGCACUUUGUAG